AGUAGUUAUUCUGCGGAACUUCUCACAUAAUAAAAAGUAUGGUGUUUAACUUCAGAGUUUAUAAAAAACAAUCUCCCAAUGGCAAACUUACGAUGUAUUUGGGAAAAAGAGAUUUUGUUGACCAUAUAUCGGGAGUAGAGCCAAUAGAUGGUGUAGUGGUAGUCGACGGGGAGUACAAGGACCGUAAAGUGUUUGGCCAAGUGAUAUGCAGUUUUCGUUACGGCCGAGAAGAGGAUGAGGUGAUGGGCCUGAAUUUUCAAAAGGACCUAUUUUUGGCCAGUACGCAGAUAUACCCGACACCUGAGAAAUAUGACACGAACAAACUACAAGACAGACUCAUUCGAAAACUUGGGGACCAAUGUUUUCCUUUUAAAUUUACUUUACCACCCAAUGCUCCAGCUUCGAUCACCCUUCAAUCAAAUCAAGGCGAUGAAGGUCAACCCUGUGGUGUUCGUUACCAAGUAAAAAUUUUCGUUGGUGAGAAUGAAACUGACAAAAGUCACAAGAGAAGCACCGUUUCAAUGGCAAUAAGAAAAGUUCAAUAUGCUCCAUCAAAGCAAGGCCGCCAGCCUUGCACUAUUGUCCGUAAAGACUUUAUGAUGAGUCCUGGUGAAUUAGAGCUGGAAGUUACUUUAGAUAAGCAGCUUUACUAUCAUGGUGACAAAAUUGCCAUAAAUAUUUCGACAAGAAACAACAGUAAUAAAGUGGUAAAAAAAAUUAAAGCAAUGGUACAGCAAGGAGUAGAUGUAGUCUUGUUUCAAAAUGGACAGUAUCGAACUACAGUGGCUAGUCUGGAAACUCAGGAAGGAUGUCCAAUUAAUCCAGGUUCAAGCCUACAAAAGGUAAUUCACCUGAUUCCGUUAUUAACCAAUAAUAAAGAUCGCCGAGGCAUAGCUUUGGACGGGCAAUUGAGUAAACAGGAAAACAAUUUAGCAUCUACAACUUUGUUAGCGAGUCAAGAUCAGCGUGACGCAUUUGGUAUUGUGGUAUCUUAUGCUGUCAAAGUAAAACUGUAUCUUGGAGCAUUGGGAGGCGAAUUAUCUGCUGAACUUCCUUUUGUGUUGAUGAAUCCAAAGCCAAGUAGCAAAGGUAAAUCAGUUCAAGAUGAUAGCCUAGCUGAUAUUGAAGUUAUUCGCCAGGACACAGUUGAACCUGAGGCCGAAUGAAAAAGCUUUAAACUGCUUGCCUUUUGUCUGGCCCUAUUUUAAAACAUAUAUUAUCUUUAUCUUAAACAUAUAAAUUAAUUAUUAAUAAUAUUUGCUGCUUCUUAUUCCAUUCGCUAUGCUAUGUAAUAAAACAAAAUGAAUGAUUGAAAGACUAA